CGAACGCUCCUACACCCAGGCACCGUCUGGGAGCCAGGUGAGCCGAGUGGCCCGGCUGCCCAUCUCGCAGCCUGUCCCGACUGGAAUGGGCCGCAAAGCUGCACCGCAGCCGCUCUCGCUGGGGGGCACUGUGCGUCCUGGUGACGAGUCGCGUGCUGCGCCCACUGGUGAAACAACGGUCCCCAAUUCCGCGAGACCGCCGCCCGAUACAUCGUCGCCCCGUUCCCCCCGCUCGCCCUUCCGGAACGGCCAGCACACCACAGAGGACGCUGCCGGCCUUGGAGAGCGUUCUCUACCGCUUGCCGAUGUGCUUCACCAGCCCCGCCAGUCGCUAGAGGAACAUCAGCAAGAGAACCAGAACCCGCCGCAGCCUUCGCCAAGAGCCCAUGCUGCGGACCAACACCAUCAGCAGCUGGGCCACAGACAUCCGCGGCGCGGCGACGACAAGGCCUCCAAGUCGGGCUUCUUCUUCAACUUUGGGAAGGCGGCCAAGGCCUCGGACCGUCCAAUUGUGCACCAACACUCGAAUUCCCGCACCGAAACCAUGUCGCGAGACUCGGACCGCCCGUCGCACUCGAAACAAAGCAUCAAGCAUUCCGACUCAGCCCAUCCCGACGCCUCACUGCAAAAGCCGUACACGCCAGUACCAUCCAGAUCCGAAGUGUCGCUAGCGUCCACAACGGACUACGACAGCCAGGGCAACGCGGUCACCUCGUCCUCGAAAAAGUCCAAGCCCAAACCUUUCACAUUGCUCGGCCGCUCAAGGUCAAUCAAAGACAAGGAUAGUAAAGACAGUCCCAGCCCAAAGGAGCAGCUCGCUCAAGCACCUGCCCUGGCACCCGCAGCGGCACCGGCCAAGCCUGCCGAGCCUGAACGACCCUACACUUCAGCCUCGGCUCCGAGGACGGCUCCCAUUCAAUCUCGCGAUCGGUCUUUUCGCGAGAUGAUGUCCUCGGCCGUCAGAAAUCACUCCGCCGAGCGGGCUCAAUCCAGGGACGUCAGCGGAAAAGGUCGGGACCUGGAUCCGAACCAGAGGGCACAGCCGACCGGUUACACCCCGACACCUGGAGCGGCCUUCUUCAGCAAUCUCAAGCACAGUAAAGCGGCGGGCAUCCUCAGCAACCGGUUUUUUGGCGGCGGGAGCUCCAGGAACGAGGCGCCCGCUCCCAAGGAGCCGGUGGUGGACGAUGAGCACUACGUUCUCAAGGUCAUCAACCUGCCGCUGGUCGAACAAACACGCCUUACCCGGAUAUCGAAGAGACUGGAGCAUUCUCGAGACAAGACCGAGUUCUGGAUGCCCGCAUUUCCCUGGAGGGCGAUAGACUACCUCAACUACAAGGGUAGCGAGGUGGAGGGCCUCUAUCGAGUGCCCGGUAGCGGGCCGCAGAUCAAGAAAUGGCAGCGCAAGUUUGAUGAGGAGCUGGACGUAGAUCUCUUCGAGCAGCCGGAUCUGUACGACAUCAACAUCAUCGGCUCCAUGCUCAAGGCGUGGUUGCGCGAGCUUCCUGACGAGCUGUUUCCUAAGGAGGCCCAGGAGAGGAUAGCGAGGGAAUGCGCCGGGGCGGAGAAGGUACCGCAAAUGCUCAUCGACGAGCUGUCCAACCUGCCGCCUUUCAACUACUACCUCCUCUUUGCCAUCACCUGCCAUCUGAGCCUGCUUCUCGCCCAUUCGGAGAAGAACAAGAUGGACUUCCGCAAUCUGUGCAUCUGCUUCCAGCCGUGCAUGAAGAUUGACACUUUUUGCUUCAAGUUCCUGGUCUGCGACUGGCGCGAUUGCUGGAAAGGAUGCAAGAACGAGGCCAAGUACAUCGAGGAGGAGUAUGCGCUCUUCGACCAGCCGCCACCCAAGGGAUCGGGGGAGCAGAAAAAGAACGGCAACGGCAACCCCACGGCCGAGGAGGCCAAGCAGGAAGAUUGGAACAUCUCUUCGUCGGAUAGCAACAAGAGCCCGAACCGUGGGGCGACCGAGCAAAAAGGGUCGCGUUUGAAAAAGAAGCCGACGACGGCCGAGACCGAGAGUGCCGAGACGAGUUCGACCAUCUCGACAACGCUCACGGCCAGCAGCGAGCGGGAGGCCACGCCGCCGAGGCAGUCGGGCGACCUGCGCCCGCUCUCGCCUAUCAAGCCGUUAUCGCCGUUGAAAUUUUGAACCGGCUUGCCGAUGAGUUUCCUGCAUCGAUAUCAGGGGGCAGGCGGAUGGCCUGUGUCUGCUGUUCGCGUCUGCGAGCCUGCGGAGCGUCAUCAACCACUAUCAUAACGACGUUGCGCCGUUCACAACUCGGUCCUGGCCUCCUUAACGCUGUCUGUCCAUAGACACCGACACCGCAUACUCAUCUCGUGUGUACCGAGGGCAUCGCGGCCGGUUCAUCUCAACGUUGCCACCC